GCCAGGUCGCGCGGUCCGGCCGAGAGAGGACAGUGCCCGCGGCGCGGAGCGAGCGGCUCCCGGGUCCGGGCGGAAGGAAGCCGAAAGCCGGGCUCCAGGCUCCGAUCUCCGCGUGGCCCGCUGCCCCCCGCCCCGGAGGCGUCCCAGGUCGCGUGGGGUCCUCUCCAGCGCCGGCUACUCGGUGCAUUUUUAGAAGGAAAACUUCGCGUUCUCGGGCUGAGCUGCAGCGCCUGCUCCCCGGUGACUCCGGGAGCCCCCCGAGCGCAGCCGAUCGACUCUCCGUGAACUUGCAAAGAAUCACAGUAACUUCACUUGAAGCAUCCGGAGCGAGGCCGGCGAGGCUCUCGGCACUCUCCCGACCCCAACCAUCGCCUCCCUGUUGGGAACGCCGCGGCGGGCCGUGCCUCCCGGGGUCCCGGCGCAGCUAGCGGUCCCCGCGGGGUCCCGAAGGCGCAUCACCGCAGGCGGCGACAUGGGGAAGGCGGAGCUGGCCCGGUGGCCCCGGGGUCCGCAGUCCGCGUCCGUGCAACUUCUGCUGCUCCUUGCAGCGGCCGCGGCUCUGCUGCUCGCCCCGGGCGCGCACGGGCGCCCCGCGGAGGAGGACGAGGAGCUGGUGCUGCCGACGCUGGAGCGCGGCGCCCCGGGCCUCGGGGACACCCACCUCCUCCUCCGCCUGGACGCGUUCGGCCGGCGGCUGAGCCUGGAGCUGCAGCCGGACCGCGGCUUCCUGGCGCCGGGCUUCACGCUCCAGACCGUGGGGCGCAGGCGGGGCGCCGACGCCCCGAGCCCCGAGCCCCCCGAGGGCGACCUGGCGCGCUGCUUCUACUCCGGCACCGUGGACGGCGACCCCGGCUCGGCCGCGGCGAUCAGCCUGUGCGAGGGCGUGCGCGGCGCCUUCUACCUGCGGGGCGAGGAGUUCUUCAUCCAGCCCGCGCCCGCCGCCACCGAGCGCCUCGCCCCCGCCGCCGCCGCCGUCGGGGAGGAGCCGCCCGCGCCGCCCCGGUUCCAUCUCCUGCGGCGGAGGCGGCGGGGCGGCGGCGGCGCCAAGUGCGGGGUCACCGACGACGAGGCUCCGAUCGCGAGGGGCGCGGGGCCCGAGGGCGAGGACGACUCCGGGGUCACCAGGGACCCCGCGCCGCGGAGCUCGGGGCGGCCAACAGGAAGUGGAAGCGUCAGGAAGAAGCGGUUCGUGUCCAGCCCCCGCUACGUGGAGACCAUGCUGGUGGCUGACCAGUCCAUGGCCGAGUUCCACGGCAGCGGCCUGAGGAACUACCUGCUCACCUUGUUCUCGGUGGCCGCCCGGCUGUACAAGCACCCCAGCAUCCGGAACUCCGUGAGCCUGGUGGUCGUGAAGAUCCUGGUCAUCUACGAGGAGCAGAAGGGACCGGAGGUGACCUCCAACGCGGCGCUCACGCUGCGCAACUUCUGCAGCUGGCAGAAGCAGCACAACCCGCCCAGCGACCGGGACGCCGAGCACUAUGACACGGCGAUUCUUUUCACCAGGCAGGACCUGUGUGGCACCCAGACAUGUGACACCCUCGGGAUGGCUGAUGUGGGAACCGUCUGUGAUCCCAGCAGGAGCUGCUCUGUCAUAGAAGAUGACGGCUUACAAGCUGCCUUCACCACGGCCCACGAAUUAGGCCACGUGUUUAACAUGCCUCACGAUGACGCGAAGCAAUGUGCCAGUCUUAAUGUCAACCGGGAUUCCCACAUGAUGGCGUCAAUGCUUUCCAACUUGGACCGCAGCCAGCCCUGGUCUCCCUGCAGCGCCUACAUGAUUACCUCAUUCCUGGAUAACGGUCAUGGGGAAUGUUUGAUGGACAAGCCCCAGAGCCCCAUGCAGCUACCCUCUGACCUCCCUGGGACCUUGUAUGAUGCCAACCGGCAGUGCCAGUUUACCUUCGGGGAAGACUCCAAACACUGCCCGGAUGCAUCCAGCACAUGCACGACCCUCUGGUGCACGGGCACCUCCGGUGGGCUGCUGGUGUGCCAAACCAAACACUUCCCCUGGGCGGACGGCACCAGCUGUGGCGAAGGGAAAUGGUGUGUCAACGGCAAGUGUGUGAACAAGACCGACAAGAAGCAUUUUGAUACGCCUGUUCAUGGAAGCUGGGGGCCGUGGGGACCCUGGGGAGACUGCUCGAGGACCUGUGGAGGCGGCGUUCAGUACACAAUGAGGGAAUGUGACAACCCCAUCCCCAAGAACGGGGGGAAGUACUGCGAAGGCAAGCGUGUGCGCUACCGAUCCUGCAACAUCGAGGACUGUCCGGACAGCCACGGAAAAACCUUCAGGGAGGAGCAGUGUGAGGCGCACAAUGAGUUCUCCAAGGCGUCCUUUGGCAGUGGGCCCGCGGUGGAGUGGACCCCCAAGUACGCUGGGGUCUCCCCCAAGGACAGGUGCAAGCUCAUCUGUCAGGCCAGAGGCAUCGGCUACUUCUUCGUUCUGCAGCCCAAGGUGGUAGACGGUACGCCAUGCAGCCCCGACUCCACCUCAGUCUGCGUGCAAGGACAGUGCGUGAAAGCUGGUUGCGAUCGCAUCAUAGACUCCAAGAAGAAAUUUGACAAAUGUGGCAUUUGUGGAGGAAAUGGAUCCACAUGCAAGAAGAUAUCAGGAUCGGCGACCAGUUCCAAUCCUGGCUACCAUGAUAUCGUCACCAUCCCGGCGGGAGCCACCAACAUCGAAGUGAAGCAGCGGAACCAGAGGGGAUCCAGAAACACGGGCAGCUUCCUGGCCAUCAAAGCCGCCGAUGGCACCUACAUCCUGAACGGCGACUUCACCCUGUCCACCUUAGAGCAAGACAUCACGCACAAGGGCACCGCCCUGAGGUACAGCGGCUCCUCUGCCUCGCUGGAGAGAAUCCGCAGCUUCAGCCCCCUCAAGGAGCCCUUGACCAUCCAGGUCCUCACGGUGGGCAAUGCCCUCCGGCCCAAGAUUAAAUACACCUACUUCGUGAAGAAGAAGAAGGAGCCUUUCAACGCCAUCCCGACUUUCUCAGAGUGGGUCAUCGGGGAGUGGGGCGAAUGCUCCAAGUCCUGCGGGCAGGGGGUGCAGAGGAGACUGGUGGAGUGCCGAGACCUCAACGGGCAGCCUGCUUCCGAGUGUGCCAAGGAAGUGAAGCCCGCCAGCGCCCGGCCCUGCGCGGAUCUGCCCUGCCCCCACUGGCAGCUGGGGGACUGGUCCCCCUGUUCCAAGACUUGUGGGAAGGGCUACAAAAAGAGGACCUUGCAGUGUCUGUCCCACGAUGGGGGGGUCCUGGCCCACGAGAGCUGCGAUCCUUUAAAGAAACCCAAACAUUACAUAGACUUUUGCACCACGGCCGAGUGCAGCUAAGCGGGCUGAGGGUGAAGGGGAGGAGGAGGGGAGGAAGGGCUGAGGCACUGAAAUCAAGAAGGCUGGAGGGAUCCAGUAGACCUUGCUGGUGAUGUUACCAUCCCUUUCCGUGGUACUCAUUCAAAUCUUGGUGUCCUGGGGGGGUUGGGAAAGGCAAAGCAGGAGAACCAUGAGAUCUUAGCAGAAAGCGUGGCUUAUUUUAUGUCUCUCCAUGGAGGGAGAAGGAAGGAAGUCCAAAGAGAAGCUUUGGCCAACACUGUUUAUGAUCGCGGUGGUUUCAGAGAAUGUCAAUGUCAUCUUUUCUGCCGAGAGUUCAGAACUGAAGAAUGUCCACCAUGGAGAAAAACGUUGAGCACGUCCAGUGACUCCAUCUAUUACCGUUUUGCGCCAUUCUCCUGUCUUUUUGCAUUUAUUUGGAUGAAGAAACAAGUCCUGUGUUUGUAAAAAACGCACUGAGUCUCCAAGGGGAGAACAGCGAUGCGUCGGGUGCUGGUACAUCCAGAGCAGGCACACCCCCCCCCCCCCAGCUGGGUAUCUCCACCUUCCUUCCUCCCUGGGUAAGCCUACCUUAGGAAUAUGCAUGUGAAGAACCAGCUUGAGUCUCAAGAAAGAUAGCGGGAUCACACACAAAAGGAAGUGAUGCCAGAACAAGAAAGGGGUGUGAGCACCGCGGGGGUCCCCAGUGUUAGGGGACAGGGAGGUCAUUUGUCUUGUGAUGGGGAGGCCACUGAGGGGUAGCAGGUCCAUCCCCAGCAGCUGGUCCAGCAGUCAUAUCCUGGUGAAUGUCUGUGCAGCUCUUCUACUAUGAAAGGGGAUGACUUUUUCCAUGUGUAUAUAGUAAAAUACGUUACUAUAAAUUCUACGUACUUUAUAAGUAUUGGUUUGUGUGUUCCUUCUGAGAAGGACUAUAGUAUGUAAUAAAUGCCUAUAAUAACAUAUUUAUUUUUAUACAUUUCUUUUUAAUGAUAAAUCUCUUAAGUUAUACCGUGAUUGUAAAAGGGCAUAUAAAAAUAGAGUAUUUAUACAAUAUAUGUUACUAGAAAUAAUAAAAGAACACUUCGAAUGUGUGUGUAUUUUUUUUUGUGUGUGUGGGAAUUUAUUUCUAGGAGGGAAAUUCGAGACAUAAAUACUGAAUUUGAAGAACAGAUAUUCUCUUAAAUUCUUUGGAAGUGAGAUUUCAUUCUAACAAAAUGUAUUUUAUAUAUCCUGGAUUGUGUGAUUGUUGCAAAGAAAGGAAGCUAUGGUAUCUUUGGUGAUAGAUAGGUUUGUUACUAAUGUGUAAUAUAUACAAAUGAUUGGCCGACUUUUUCUGUAUAAGAGCCAGAUCAUAAAUACUUUUGGCUUUGUGGCCCAUACCAUCUCUGUCCCAACUACUUAAAUGUGCUGUUGUAGCAUGAAGACAGCCAUGGGCAAUACGUGAAUGGGUAUGGCAGUGUUUUAAUAAAAUGUUAUUUACAAAAACA